UCACAGCCCUAAUAUCAAAGAAGAAGCGGCACUGGACUGGCGUCAAAUCGCUGAUUUGUUCCUGCUGACCAGAAACACAUGACCACAUGACCGACUGUGUUGACAUCUGCGACUCAACAUACAUACAAGUUCGCCAUCACGUUUCGAGUACGACGAGCCGAGCCAAACCAUAGUGAUAUUUGUUCAGCGCUAAACUUGGGGUCAUUGAGCCCAGGAAACCAGCCCUCUGUCCACCAUGGGCGAGACAGAUGUGGAACAGGUGACCCUGGCUCUGCUUGAUGCGGCCAAUGAUAAAGACUCUGAGGUCCAGGCUCAGGUCAGGAAGUCAAUGCUGACUCUGGGAAACGAGCAGCCUGACAGAGUGCUUGCUAUGUGUCAGGACUACCUGCUCAAACACCCUAAGUUGGUCGUGAGUCACAGAGUUGUGAUUCUUCAAACCAUUGAGCUGAUUGUUGGCAGCAGGAUAGACGCAAUCUCUUACCCCAGGUUCAAGAGCAUCAUCUCCUUGGCCUCAGAUGAGAUGACACGAUCAAAGGAAGUUGUUCCUAACUGGCAGCAGGCAGCCAGUAACAUUCUGGUAGCUGUGGGCAACAAACACAUCAAUGACAUAAUGGAGGAGAUACUGAGGAAAUUUCAACCUGGAGUUUUGCCUCACUUUUUUGUGGUCCAGACAUUAGCCAAGCUCUCUGAUUCCAAUGUUUAUGGCAUGGUGCCGUUCCUAAACGCUAUUCUUGGUACCAUGUUGCCGAUGCUGAGCCUGACCAAACAAGACAACAUGAAGUGGGUCUUCUCCUACGCUCUGUGCCAUUUCAGUGACAGUAUCUUGGAGUACCUUGCCAAUCUCGACAAGGCUCCAGAUCCAACAGUCAGACAGGACACAUUCUCAAGUGAAAUCAAUGCUGCGUUCGACAUCCUUUUCAAUAACUGGUUACAAAGCAGAGAAUCGAAGUUGAGGCUAACAGUAGCUGAGGCAGUGGGCUCGAUGUGCCAUCUUAUGGCCAGCGAUAAACUGGAGGAACAGAUUCCCAAGCUCAUCCCCGCCAUUCUGUCUUUGUUUAAGAAAAACAACGAGCACUACAUCAUUAGCAAGAGCCUUUGCCAUAUUCUUGAUGCUUCUGUUAACAUGGGAAGCAGGCUGCUAGAGACCCAACUGGACAGCCUGCUCUUUGCACUGCAUCAACAGGUGUCCACCUCUGUUGAUUACAGUAACCCUCCUACAGUCAAGAACCACAAUGAGGUUCUUCGUUGCUUCAGUCUGUUAGCAAACGCCUUCCCAGACCGACUGGUAAUGUUUGUUCUUCAGAGGCUAGAGAACAGCAAUGAGCGGAGUAGGUUUGGCUCCCUGGCUGUCCUGCGUCACUUCAUCAACUCCAGCACUUCCAUGAUGGAGAGUAAGAAGCUUCUGAUUCUAGCCAGCAUUAGGCAGCCAAUGGGUGACCACAGUAACAAGGUGAAGAAGCGUGUGGUGCAGGUGAUCAGCGCCAUGGCACAUCACGGUUACCUGGAGUUGGAUGGAGGAGAGUUACUGGUGCGAUUCCUAGUUCAACACUGUGCAUUACCGGACACUUCUCAGCGUGGACAGAAACCGGCAGACCCGGAAGAGGUGACAAACGAGGCACUGAGGACGAUGUGUGAUAACACGUUUCAUCUACUGACAACAACUGUUGGACGUCUGGCCGAUGUGCUUUGGCCAAAGCUGCUCGACUACCUGAUCCCUCCUCAGUACAGCAAUGCCACCACUCCACUGUGUAAGAGUCUGAUUGUACUUGGCAAUAAAAAGAAAGACAACAAGGAACCUACCUUCAUUAUAGACUUUUCAGAGGAAGUCAAUCUGCCCUCUCCUCAAAUACUGAUGAUCAAACUGCUUGUCAAUGCAGCCUUUCCAUUCAAUAGCAGAGGUCAUGGAGCGCCAUCACUCUCCCUCCUACAGCUACUCUCUGUCAACAUUCACCACAACACAGAGGCUGUCUGGGACAAAGAGAUCCCUCCUCUCUUGACAGUGUUGGAAGAGUCAACAGCAGAAAACCUUGAUAAGAAAAGUUGGGAUGAAAAUCUGCUGAAGCUCCUGUCUAAAACGUUGGUGGCUGUUGACGAUGACAAGUGGGUGUGCCAGUUUGCAGCAGAAGCAACAAGUUAUCUGUCCAUGUAUAAUAAUGCUUUGGAGGAGAAGAGUUUCCUGUAUCAGUGUAUUGGAGUGACCCUCCAGCAAUCUUUCAAUAAGGAGUUUGUUAAAAAACAGUUGCAGGAAAUCCUCCUGACAGCAAGACACAGUGAUGCUGUUGAAAGAGAGGGUGUGGCUCUGGGCAUUGGAUUGUGUGCCAACAGCCAUCUAGAAGGCACUCUUGCCAAGCUUGAUGAGUUUGGAAAGUCGGAUGUGUUCAAAAAAUCCCCAAGCAUCUUCAACCUGCUCAAAGAUCGUAAUGAUGUUGAGGUGGAGAAGGUAAAAAGCACAUUAAUCUUGUGUUAUGGUCAAGUGGCUGUGAACGCUCCUCCAGAAAAGAUCCUGAAUUGCAUUGAUCAAGACAUUCUGCGCUGCAUCAGUAAACACUUCAAAACUAAGGUUCUGGGGAUUAAAGUAGAGACAAAGGAUUUGACAAUGAAAUUGAGUUUGAUCCAGAGUGUCGGCCUUGUUGCCAAAGCCAUCAGUGAGUGUGUAAAGAAACAAAGCUACGUCUUCUCUCGCAAACAAGAGCUCAUUGCCGUUAUCCAGGAUUUUAUAAAGGGAGAACCUGCUGAUGCGCUUCGGACUCCAGUGCGCCACCUGGUCAUGAGCACUUGUGCCAACCUAAUGCCUCUUGACCCAGCACUGAGUGAGAAUGAGAGUUUUGACUUGCUGAAGGUGUGUGUCAACGGUGUGCUCUCUCUGCCACCUGAGACUCACACUCCAGAGAAAACGACAAAAGAAGAAGAAAUACUAGACCCUAAAAAAAGAAAGGCUUUAUACAAAGACACAUUUUCUUCACUGCAUGAGUUACUGAGCAGUGCGCUCGCCAAGGAUCCCACGCCUGAUAGUUUACAGAGUGUAUUCAAGCACCUUGAAUGCUGGCUGACCUCGCCACAAGACCACGAGAGAGUGAGAGCUAUCUCAGCCACUGCUCACAUGCUUACUCACUACCUGGACAGCAUGACAGUAAAGAACAUGGUGUCCUUCCACAACCUCGGAGCUCUGCUGGGUCGACUGUCUCCACGUUGCUCCGACCUCCACCUCGCCGUCCGCACCACCGCUAUCGACUGCAUUUACAUAUUGCUUUCUAUCCAACUACGCUAUGAAGGUUUUGCUCUUGACUAUAAAGACGAAGCUGUGGAGGGUCUAUUGCCCCUUAAAACACAACUCAAAAACCCUGACCAUUCAGUUCUCUACAAGACCUGCUCUGAGCUCACCAAGGUGAUGAGUAAGCGUCUGCCUCAGCAGCAGAUGAGCACAUUGGUGUUCAUGUUGUUUGAGGGGCUGGUGGACAGUCAGACAAACUGUUGCAGAGCUUCAUCUGUCAUCCUGAACACGUUGCUGAAGAACAGAGGAGGCGGACUACAAGAGAUGGUACCAGAGAUGCUGGAGGUGCUUCAUGUGCAACUGCAGAGCAUCACUGAGGAACAGGUGAGAGUGGCACUUGGGCAAACAGUACUCAUCAUGGCCUCACAGCAUCUCCAGACUGUUGUUAAUGCACUGGUUAACCAACCACUACCUUAUGACAGCUGGACAAGUGAGAUGUGGAUGGCCUUGGGAGCAGACCCCAUAGUGGCCAAUCAAAUCAUAGAGAUGGUGAUGGAGAAACUUGCUGUCAUGGCACCCUAUCUGGACAAAAAAGAGUCAAUGAUCAGAGGAGGAACAACCAAGGUGGCUACUAAUAAGCCACUUGCUAUGACAUGUGGUCUCAAGGAAUUGUUAUUGAACGGGCAGAGCCAGGAGCCGGCGCUCAGCAAGUUUCCUCAGCUCUUCUCCUGUCUCAUUGUCAGACUGGCAGUGAGUGUUGGCGUGUCGGCACCGAGGGAUAACACCACCAAACGCACUGCCACCGUCCACGUUGCAGGAGUUGCAGCUGAUGCACUGAGCAUCUUGCUAGCGAGAGCUCAGUUAGAUGAGGUGUUGAAAAGAUUAGAUGAGGAUAAAGCCUGGGACGCAAUAAAGGAACAGAAUACACACAUCACUGGAGUAACCCUACUAGCAAGGGCGAUGGCGAAACACGCCGGUCCCAGGUUGCCCACCAUUGUUGAGUGUUUAUGCCCUUCCUUGAACAACAUUUAUGAGUGUCAGCGCAUCACCGUCACAUCUUUCUUCUCUGAGCUCUUGAACCAUCACGUGGCUACGGAGUUGAUGUUUAUUGACGUAUUAAUGAACAACAUGAUGGAAAGGAUAUCAGAUCCUUGCUGUACUGUCCGCAUGUUGGCCGUGCGGGGCCUCGGCAACAUAGCUGUCGGAUCACCCGAAAAGGUGAACAAAUAUGCCAAAGAACUGCUGGCGGCCAUGAGUUCAGGGAUGGAGGAGAAGGACGACCCUGGCAAGCUGAUUACUCUUGAGGCUAUGUCAGGUCUUUCUAAAGUUCUCCUCUACUUGGACAAGAAGAAUGUCCAACUCCUAGUGGUUUAUAUCUUCAUGAAGAUCAAGCCAUUUUUAGAGAGUGAGAAUGAUGAGAUUCGCUGUGCUUCUAUUCACCUUAUGGGGAAACUCUCUAAGUUUGGCUCUGGAGAGCCAGUGUUCAAGGACCAGAUACACAAUGUUCUGGUGAGCCUGCUUUUACACCUGGUCGAUCCAAACCCACAUGUGGUCAAGGCAUGUAAGUAUGCGAUGCGUGUGUGCGCUCCAAUGGUGGGCUCGGAGCAGAUCACAGCCAUGUUUCAGAACCACCUCUACGAGGACAAGAGUUUGCACUACGGGGAGUUCAUCAAUGAUCUCACAAAGUAUCUGAUCCAGGACUUUCCAGGCAUGCUGAACUUCUACCACAUCUCCGUUCUCCAGUUCUUUAAGAGCAACUGGUCUGAAGUCCGAGCAGGAGCUGCGAUGUUCAUAGGGUUUCUGCUGGGGAACCUUUCAGAGGAGCAUUACUCUCAUCUCAACAUGGGCGCCAUCACCAAAGGCCUUGUGAUGUUGCUCCAAGAUCCUGACCCUGUAGUACGAGUGAAGGCUGCAGAGGCCAUGGGACAUUUCCACUGACACAAACAUCCGCAUGUCAUUCAGUUACUGGCAAGUAAGUGUUUGGUCUUCAUCGCGUACACGGCAACAUGAACAAGUCCAAUGUGUUUUGAAUCAGUCGUGCUAGUAGUCAUGGCUGAACGUAUGUACUGUAUGUACUGUAUACUGUAUAUGUUGCAAAACCGCAGUCAGUCAUGCAAUUAAAGAAGACUCACUAUUUGAAUGACCUCAUACAGGUGACUCCACGUUCACAUUGACACACACUUAUGCACGUGUAGCUUUAUUGACUUGUCUUUUGACAGUUCACUUAUUGUACAUACAAAGUGUUAAUUUCUUGUUAUAUUUUAGCAACCAAAGAUUGUAGUUUAUAGCAGAGGCAUGUCAGUGAGGUAUUGUAUCCUGUCUCACACAUGCAUUUUUUUUAUUACACAUGUAGAGAAUUAUAUAUAUAUAUAAGAAUGAAAAAGGGUCUAAACGACUCAUAUUUCCAAAUAGAAAAGUAGACUUUUACUUGAGUCUGGGUGUUGGUAAAGUGUGUGUGGGUGUUUAUUUUUAAACAAUGCAUAAGCAUAUUUUGUUAAUACAAAUCUAAAAUUCACUUCACUUUUAUUUUUAUUUGUGGGUUUGGUUUAUUGUUCUUUUGUAGUAACAUCAGCCAGCCAAUCACAUGGUAACAGCUACUUGACUGUAAUAUGUAAAUGUAAAUAUAUCAACUCAUGUUUGAGCUGUGUUUUUCCACUAGUAGGACCAAACAAUAUCCCAAAAAGUCUAAAUUAUCAUAUCACAUCAUGCCAUCAUGUCACGAAUGCGCCUCACUGAGCUUUUUUUUUUUUUUUUUUCAUUUCAUUUCAUUCAUUGCAUAGUUAUUACUCUGCUACAUGCCAU